AGUUCUGUUGAAUCACAGUCAACAGUGUCAUUUGAUUUUUGUUUUAUUUCAGUUAGCCUGCAUAUAUUUUAGGACAGGGAAAGUCUUAAAGGCAAAUGCAGUCCAGUUCAUUACUACUUGAUUCUGGAUUAAUAAUGUUUCCAUGAUAAAAAAUACAAAAUGCAAUUUUAUUUUACAUUUUCUCUUAUAGAGCAACACUACGUUCAGUGAAGGAGCAGACCCUGAGCUGAGGAGAUGCGACUCGGAGACAAAGGGGAGCUACGCAAAGCUUGUGUCCCAUCUGCAGGGACACCAAAAGACAAUGGUGGAGUACGGUGGAAAGGGCCCAACAAGCCCAACAGAAGCGACGCGAGGCAUGUUGUCUGUUAACCAGUGUAAUCACAGAGGAUCAGGGCAUGCUGCAACACCUUAAAAACAUCAUCACAGGCAACACGGUGUCUCCUUGGGCCAAGAAACAGGACAGGGUCAUCCUUCUUUUUGAAGAUGAUGAACAAGUGGACAAAGUCAUGCACUUCUUGUCUGAAGUACUCGAACGUACUGAGACAGACAAGAAGUCUGCAGAUCCAGUGGCAUUCGUAAUGGAUGUACUUUUGCCAGAGGCAACAGUAUACGCCCUCGGAGCUGUUCACUCCAUCUCCCUGGACAAAGCCAAGGAGAUGUACAUGCGUGGCACAGAGUUUGACUCAAGGUAAGCCGGAUAGUUUAGGAAACUGUU